AUGAGUGCACGCAACGCUUCCAAAGCUAUAUACAAAGGUCACCACCUUGACUUAGGUUGUUUUUCACGUCCUCAUAAUAAGCCAUUAACAUUAAUACUUUGUUUAGAUGGUACACAAAACGAGUUCGGUCCUUUGCCAUUUUCAAACUGCUUGAAAAUCUUUAGCAUGCUAGAUAAGGAUAAUCCAAGUCAAAUAUGCUAUUAUCAACCUGGUGUUGGGGCUCAGUUUGAUUUGUAUGAUGGUGUAUAUGGCCCUCUGAAAGUGUUUACUUCAGUGAUUAAUUAUUUGAGGCGCCAGAUUGAUGCCAUUUGGGCGGUUAGCUUUUCAGCCCAUGUUAAAGCGGCUUACGUUUUCCUUAUGCGGUUCUACAGAGAGGGGGACACUAUUUGUUUAAUUGGUUUCAGCAGAGGUAGUUUUGCAGCCAGGAUUUUAGUGGGAAUGUUGGAAAGUGUUGGGCUUCUCAACAGGGGCCACGAAGAAAUGGUUCUGAGAGCAUGGCUGAUUUAUUCGAGUUGGGAAAAUGCUGGUCAGCCAUCCCACCUAGAGAACGGUUCGUUGAUAGCUGAGUUUAAAAGGACUUUUUGUCGAUCCACUAUUCGAGUACAUUUCAUGGGAUUGUUUGAUUGUGUAAACUCAGUAGGGCUUAUAAACGACAGAAUGUUUCCUUAUUCUAGCAUGAGUGCUAUUGUGGACCAUGUGAGACAUGCCAUAAGUUUGGACGAACGUCGGGGAAAGUUCAAACAAGUUAUGUUUAAGCUGUAUAGCUAUUUACCCCAUCUUACCGACGUGGAACAGGGAGAGUACAGCUGUGAAGGGAGUUCAGAAACUAAUAGUCUUUUACCCAAGGAAGGAAGGUACUUGAGUUUUAUGAGAAGUUUGUUUGCCAGGUUCUUCGGAGAUUCUUCAAUGAAGAAUCCCAAAAAUGACCACCAAAGCCAAGAUACAAAAGAGGUGGUAUUUCCAGGAAAUCAUGGCGAUGUAGGUGGAGGUUGGUUAGAUCCAGACACAGACCAUAUGCUUUCAAAUAUCCCAUUAAGGUGGAUGCUAUCUUAUGCUAUAAAGUACGGAAUUUCAUUCAAGCCUGAAGCAAUUGAAGAGUUUAAUACUUCAUUUUCAGCUACUUCAAGUCUUUUAGCCCAUGAUCAUGACAUGUUAAAGCUUCACACUUCUGUUACACCUAGAUACAUCCGUGAGCUCCCUGAUCGUCCAAUUCAAGGUAAUAAUGGGUUUGGAACGUCAAGUGCUUUUCAGAUGAUUAUGUGGUGGGCUGUUGAGCUUUUUCCAAUCGGUAUUAAGAUUGAAGAUGAAUGGGGACAAUGGAGAAACUGGUAUGUUCCUAAUUUAGGAAGACCUAGGAAGUUUCCCUCUGACAUUCAUUUACACUGGAGCGUGUUCUACAGAAUGCAUUUUUUUGAAGAUUAUCUGCCAAAAAAUUUACCCCCAGAUUUGAAGACGAAGUUCCUCGAGCUGAUCAAGCCAUUCGAAGGUAACAUUGAGUCACAACAGUUACAGGAGCUCCUCUCAGACUUCAAUGUAGAAAAGAUUAAAGGUACUUGGGAAAACAAAAUCUGGCAUCAGAUACCUGAUGAGCUUUGCCAGACUUUGAACAAUAACCAGCUUUAA